AUCUAAGUCAAGAAUUACUAUUCAAAAGGGUUACUUUUGCUUUAGUCUACCCGUUAUGUGGACUGUCAACACAUAAUACCGUGAAUACAUACUCCACCGGACACGUUUUUGAAGUUCCAUACGAAAAAUAUUAUUACCAUUAAAAGAUACAUAAUCGCUCACAGCGAUAGAGAGGAUGGACGAAAUGGGUUUUAAUACAUUUUGGGCAUUAACCUUGCUCCCCAGGCAAUGACAGAGAAUGAAGAAGCCUCUUGCUGCUUUUUAAAAUCUUUGUUUGUACUUUACUCAGGCAUUUUCUCUGCAAGCUGCACACAAGUUUUCAUUAUUUCUCCGUCUUGUCACCUAUUUUGCACUUAGAUACAGUCAUGGCCGACGUUAGCAAAACGGAAAAAGCUAAGUUGUAUGUCCCAGACCUGGAGGAACUGCGUGCUGUAUUACAAACAGGACUGAAAGAUAACUUUGCAGAAGUUAAGGUUAGUGUUGUGGAAUGUCCGGAUCUCACGAAGGACCCAUUCAACUUUCCCGUUAGAGGCUUGUGUGGAAAUCCUCGGGUCACAGAUGUGGGAGGAGUACCUUACCUCGUCCCUGUGGUUCAAAAGCACAAGGAAUAUGACAUGAAUGCAAUAUCAAAGGAGCUGGAGCUACCAGGAGCGUUCAUCCUAGGCGCAGGUGCUGUUUCCUCGAGGAUCGUGGGGAUGAAUGCAGAGCAGAUUGUGCUUCGAUGUACCUUAUAUUUCCUAUCCCAGUUGAUACCACUGGUUCUGACUGAAGCUGAUGGAAGGCCUGCAGUGAACAGCAGCUACUUCUCCUCCAUCAAUCCAUUGGAUGGCCAGUGUCUGCAAGAAAGCUACAGCGAGAAAUUCUCUGACUGCAACUUCGGACUGCUCGGGAAUCUUUACGCUUGUGAGGGGAGGCCAGGAAAGGUCAUUGAAGUGCGGGCAGAAAAGAGAACGGGAGAUCAGAGUAUUGUGACAGCCUUGAGAAAGACUCUGGAGGUUCAAUACCCUGAUCAAAGCCUGGCUCUUGGGGGCACCUUCAUCAUCCAGAGGGGCAAAGCUAAAAUCCACAUCAUGCCCAGAGAGUUCUCAGCCUGUCCACUCAAUUCCGAUGAAGAGGUCAACAGCUGGCUCAAACACUUUGAGGUGAAAGCCCCGCUCAUCUGCCAGUCAGUGCUUGUAUCCAAAGAUCCUGGACUAGAUCUACGUGUGGAGCACACCCACUGCUUCAGCCACCAUGGAGAAGGUGGCCACUACUACAUAGAUACCACACCUGAUAGUGUGGAGUACUUGGGCUACUUCGUGCCUGCUGAGUUCAUAUACCGCAUUGACAGGCCCAAAGACACCCAUGCUGUCAGAAGAGAUUGAAGGAGGACUUCACCGCACCUCUCAACGCGUGUCGAUU